AAUAAUACGAUUACACAAAAUGAAUCCCCCACCUCUCCCUUAUUCUCUCUCUCCUCUUUCUCUCUCUUCCUCCCUCUCUGUGCUGUCUGUCUCUCAACCUAAAAAUCGCUGUCUGUACCUAUCAUCAUAUCAGUACCAUCCCCUCUUUCUGAAUUCUCUGUCACCAUGAGAGUGAGAGCCAAACUCCUCUCAUCCAAAAAUCCUCUUAAAUCAAUCAAUGAAUAAAUAAAUCUAUUUCUCUAUAUACUCUUCUCUACUAGUGUGAGAUAAAGAUAUAUAUAUACAUAUAUAGAUAUAAGAGAAGCACAAACAGAAAGAAAAAUAACCCUUUAAAGCUAUCUAUAUUUUUAUAGCUAUACCUUUGCAUGAAUGAGUCUAUCAUCACUACUUCCAAUAAUAUACCAUAUCCUCUUCUUUUUCUUCAACUUCUACCAUGGAUUUUCCACCUUCUCACACUUUCAUCUUUCAAACUCAUCAAGAUCAUCAUCAUGAUCAACUUCAUUCAUCUUCAACUUCUCUCAACUCUUUCCCUUCCUUUCCACCUCAUCAACACUUUCAAGGUGGUGGUAGUAAUGGUGGUGCAUCAUUCAUGAUGAAGAGAUCCAUGUCAUUUUCAGGCAUAGAGAACAAUCACAAUCACAAUCACAAUCACAACCACAACAACAAGUGUGAUGAAUUGAUGCAUGGUGAUGAAGAUCAAUUAUCAGAUGAUGAAGGUUACUCACAACUUGGUGAAAAGAAGAAGAGAUUGAGUUUAGAACAAGUGAAAGCACUUGAGAAAAGUUUUGAGAUUGGAAACAAACUUGAACCUGAGAGAAAAAUGCAAUUAGCAAAAGCUUUGGGAUUGCAACCUAGACAAGUAGCUAUAUGGUUUCAAAAUAGAAGAGCAAGGUGGAAAACAAAGCAACUUGAGAAAGAAUAUGAAGUUCUUAAGAAGCAAUUUGAAUCUCUUAGAGCUGAUAAUGAUGUUCUUAAGGCACAAAACCACAAAUUACAUGCAGAGUUACAAACUCUAAAGAAAAAGGAUUGCUUUGAAAAUGGAAAAGCUAGUCUCAAAAAAGAAAAUGAAGGAUCAUGGAGCAAUGGAAGUGAUAACAGUUCAGAUAUGAAUCUAGAUCUUUCUAGAACACCAAUGAUGAACAGUCCUGUUUUUUCACUAAAUGGUAAAACUCUUAUACAAUCUUCCCUUAAGCCUACAAGCAUGACACAGCUCCUUCAAUGCUCAACAAGAUCUGAUCUUCAAGAUGAAAGCUUUUGCAACAUGUUUCACAACAUUGAUGAGCAACAAAGUUUAUGGCCAUGGCCUGAUCAGCAGCACCACCAUUUCCAUUAAAAAAAAUAUUUUUAUCGAAGUUCUUUACAAUCACGUUAUCAGAAUAUCAGAUAUCGGUGUAUGGUUUUAGAUGGUCUGAAUUGUAAUUUACUAUUUUUAAUCAAGAAAUAAAAUUUUAUAUUUUUGUUAAA